UUCUCUCCAAAACAUCCUAUAGAAUCUCAAUUCACCCCAACAAAUCUCGUAACACUUUCAGAAGAGCGAUAUGGUGCCGAAUGUAAAACAGCCGUGUUUGAUUUUGAAUGUGAUAGUUAUGACAAGCUACCUCAGGAGUUGAAAGAUAUGGAUGUUGGUAUUUUGUGUGAAUGCCUGAAGGAACAGCAUCAAAGAUAUUCAAAAUUACUUCCAUAUUCUUUCUUUAUUUAUUAUUUGCAGAUGUUGGAGCUCGUCCUUCCUGGCAUGAUUAAAAGAAAUAAAGGAUGCGUUGUCAACGUCUCUUCUAUGACCGGGUGGCGUCCAUUGCCGUAUAUCAGUGCAUAUCCUGCCAGCAAAGCUGCUAUAUCGUUUUUCUCAGAUUGUCUUAGCGAUGAAUUCCGUCACACAAACGUUCGAAUCCAGUGUCUAAUACCGAUGUUAGUUGCGACCAAAGUUGCUUCGUACGACGUGCAUGAAGCUAAUAAUCUAUUCGUAGUUACGCCUGAAAAUUAUGCAAGGCAAGCAGUACGAGCUUUGGGACGAUUCGAAAUGAUUACAGGAUGUAUUCAACACGAUAUUCAGGUAAAAGUUAUUUCCGCACAUGAGAAACGCUGCAGUCCA